CAAAGUUCGCAAAGCGCAAAAACUACCCACUUGCAGCCCUCCCUCUCUCCAAUCCCUCACAGAGGCUUAGAGGUGAUACCGCCUUGGCAACGCAGGGACAAGGUACCGCCGCGCAAGGAAAAAGUCAUCCAGGACGUGGGAUAUUCUCUUCUGCGGUUGGCUAAAGAGCAAACAUGAAACCUCAGCUAUUUACCUUAGACUUAGUACUCUUGUGCAUAUCUUGCGGAGCAAGUGCACUGGCAGUGACUAUUCCUGUUGUGUCCACGUCGCCGCCAGCCGCCAAUAUCACCAGCCUUGGCGCAGCGCUCGACUUUGGAACAGACGCUGUGACUUUUUCAAAAACCAGGAGGAAGCGGUACAUUAGUCAGAACGACAUGCUCGCAAUUCUUGAUUACCACAACAAAGUGAGAGGCAAAGUGUUUCCUCCGGCAUCCAAUAUGGAAUACAUGGUGUGGGACGACACACUGGCAAAGACGGCCGAGGACUGGGCUCAUGCCUGCCUGUGGGAGCAUGGGCCGCCUCACCUCCUCAGGUUCCUGGGUCAAAACCUCUCAGUCAGGACAGGACGAUAUCGAUCCAUUCUUCAGCUGGUGAAGCCGUGGUAUGAUGAGGUGAAAGAUUACGCCUUCCCCUACCCCCGUGACUGCAACCCUCGGUGCCCACUCAGAUGCUACGGACCCAUGUGUACCCAUUACACACAGAUGGUCUGGGCAACAUCCAACAAAGUCGGCUGUGCCGUGCACACGUGCCACAACAUGAAUGUGUGGGGUGCGGUGUGGAAGAGGGCGACAUAUUUAGUUUGCAACUACUCUCCUAAGGGUAACUGGAUCGGAGAGGCUCCCUACAAAGUAGGCGUACCCUGCUCCGCAUGCCCUCCCAGCUACGGGGGCUCGUGCAGCAACAACAUGUGCUUCCCCGCUCUCAAGACAAACUACCUGCACUGGUUCAAAUAAAAAAAUGUUUCCUCUCAACAUAAGCUGACAACCUACAGUACCACAGAGACAUUAUUUUAAUCCAGUAAGGAUUUGCACAAUAGUCGUGGACCACGCUAAUUUGUAUAUAUGGGCUUAUUUAAAGACAGAAACAUGCAUUUAAAGGCAGCGUAAAAUUUUAGCUUUGAUUACUUGUAAAUAAUCUGUAAAUUAAUUUGUUUUAUACCAAAACUGCAAAGACUAUUUUAACUGAUGCAAUAUAUUUAAAUGUAAAAUGGGUCCUUUUAACAGCGCAGACUGUACAGUGCGUGGUGCUAGAAACACAUUUGGUUUUUACUAUACCAGUUUACAGCUGACAGUGUGGUAAUAAAGGACAUUACUACCA